GACGAAUGUUCCUCAGACAACGCCCUAGGCACUAGUUCCGCGGACGGCUCUUCCCAAGAUGAUGCCAGCUCCGAGCUAGUAACCUCCCCAUCAGUGACUUCGCCGCCCUACUGGGCACACGGACACACCACGCACAGCCAGGGGGGAACGCGGCAUGCAAGGACGAUGUCAAGCGUGUCAGCGGAAAGCGAUCUGCUACCGGGAGCCAUCACGCUGCAGGAUAAUGAGCACGAUGACGGGCCAGACGGAGCGAACGUGUAUGGACGGGACCGCAACCGGGCGUGCUGGGCGAAGAAGGUGGAUAUUGUCGAUUACAUACUGGUGAAUGGGGGGACGGCAAAUAUUGGGGCGUUUGUGGUUUGGAAUAUCAAGGUUGAGACGUUGAAUGGCUCGCGAAUGAACAUAAGGAAACGAUAUUCCGAGUUCGACAGUCUCAGGAAACGUCUCGUCCAGACUUUUCCAAACUUUGAGGCGGCUGUACCUCUAAUACCUCCCAAGAGCAUCUUACACAGGUUCCAGCCCAAGUUUCUCGAAAAAAGGAGGGCCGGACUACAAUAUUUCUUAAACUGCAUUUUACUCAACCCAGAAUUCUCUGGAUCUCCUGUUUUGAAGGAGUUUCUCUUCUCGUAAAGAUACCAACGGUAAAAGAAAAAAAAGGAAAAUGCGCAAGAGACGAUGAACGAACUUUACCAGUUUCGACGAUGAGGCAAUGGUAAUAUGAAUAACUCCUGACCAGAUCAUGGGUAAUGGCCUGGGUACGAUGACGACGAUGACGAUGAUGACGGUGAUGAAGUGAACGGGACACGGACGCCUUGGCUUAUUGGCUGGAUGGGAACGGGAUGCCCGAGAACCGAGACUCUCGUGAGCAAAACAAUCAGAUGAACUGGACGCUACACUAGGGCGUGGAGAGACAUGUCGCAACAAUGCUAAGCGGCUGGACCCGUUCUACGUUUUAUACAAUAGGUCUUCAAGAUCGGCAUUGCUCU